AUGCGUGUUCCAGAAAGGACUGUUGUAGCAGGGAACAGUGAAGAUGGUUCAUUUUCAAGACCCGUUCCCUUUAAACCUCUGCUAAAAACAUCACCCCAUGUACUUACACUAAGCCAAAGGCCACUAGAUUUUUUGGAUUCAGAAAGACCUCCUUUCACCUGUCAAAAGGAAGAAAUCCGUGCAGCUGGCAGGCUACAAAGAGAAUGCUCUAUGAGUGAAAAUGCUGUUUGCCAAAAUGGACAACUGGUCAGGAGCGAUUCCAUACGUGUGCUGUGCACGGGGUCAGCUGCUGCCGCUUCCAAUUCUCGUCGUGACAACGUCAGGUGUGGCAUUCCAACUGCAGAUACAGCAACUGAGGGAGCAUCAGAAGACAUAACAGUUGGAGAUGUGGCUUCAUUAACACCACAGAUACUAACACUAAAGAAACGUCUGCAAUUUCUGGAAGAGGAAAAUAAAGAAAAAGAAAAAUGGCCAUGUAUUCAAUUUCUGUAG